AUGGUAAAUAUAACUCCGUUUGCGUACAAAUUAUUGGCCGUCGCGUGGAUUACAGCCCAACGACAGCUCAUUCACGACAACACGUGUUCCCGAACUCAAUGGCAAAGCAAUUAUGACUUCAUAGUCGUGGGCGCCGGGGCUGCCGGUGCUGUAGUGGCCAAUCAACUCAGUAUCAACCAAUCAGUACGGGUCCUGUUGUUAGAGGCCGGGGAACAACAGAGUGCUGUAUAUAAUGACAUUCCGGGAAUGUUAAGAACUUUAUUAAAAGAUGAAGUUAAUGAAUGGUUGUAUUAUUAUGAACCAAACAAUAAUUAUGGUAAACAAUACGCCGGGGGCCGGGUUCCUGAACCUCGAGGUAAAACACUGGGUGGCAGUACAGCUCAUAAUAACAUGGCCUUCAAUCGGGGUAAUCGUCGCGGGUAUGACGAGUGGGCCAAUGCUUAUGGCGCCGUCGGUUGGAGUUAUAGGGAUGUGUUGCCGGUGUUCAGGGAGUGGGAGAACAAUACGGAUCCACGUAUUGUAUACAAUGAACCCGAAUAUCACGGAACUCACGGACCCAUACAAAUAACUACACCUAAAAAUCCGGAUAAAAUUUUUCAAAUAUUUUAUAAAGCGUUUGAAGAUAUGGGAUAUAAGGAGACGGAUAUCAAUGGCCCGAAUCAAGUCGGGUAUGCGUUGUGGCAGUCAUUUGUUAACUCAUCCGGUUUGAGGGCGGGUACGGGUACUGUGUUUGUAGACCCAAACCCACGCCCGGAUAGUCUACAUAUAAUAUGUAAAGCAUUGGUCGCUAAAAUACUGUUCAAUGGGUUGACAGCCAUUGGCGUCGAGUUUAUAGUGAAUGACAUCUCGUNGUACUGUGUUUGUAGACCCAAACCCACGCCCGGAUAG